AUGGGGGAACUACUUUCAAUAAAGAAUCUGUUCAUAUGCUCGAGCGAAAGGAGCGUGGAGGAGCUGCGAGCUGCCAUGGAGGGCCUGCUGAAAAAGGAGAGGACGGAAGGUGCAGGGGGAGAGGAAGGCACAGAAGAUGCAAAGCAGGGAGGGAAAAAGUACGAAAUGAUUAAGGAUUACAUGGACGCAAAUAAAAACAACAUUCUCCAUUUUGCAAUUUACGGAAAUAAUAUGAAGAACGUCAAAUUUAUAAUCGAAAACACAAAUUUAAUAAAUAGCAUAAAUAAUGAAGAGCAAAAUGGAUUGAUAAUUAGUGUCCUCAACAGAAAUACAGAAAUCUCAAAAUAUUUAAUUGAACAAAAUAUUAAUUAUAAUCAGAAGGACAAGCAUAUGGCAAAUUCUUUACUCUACAGUUUGAUCACACAGAAUUAUGAAAUUUUCAACACACUUUUGGAAAAAGAAAAUAUAGACAUCAAUGUUAACAGUUUUGAAAAGGGGAAUUUAUUAAGUGUAUCAAUAUUUGAAAGGAAUAUACAUGUAUUGAAAAAAUUAUUUAAUAAAUUUAUUUGUCCUUUUGUUCAGGAAAGUGUAUAUCCUCACCCUCUUCUUUAUAUCACGUAUAGUAAUGACAAUGACUUGUUGUUCCUUUAUUUAACCUAUUGUUUGUAUUACUCUACCAAGGAUGAUACACUUUAUGAGAUAAACAAAUUAAAUUUUGAUCAUACGAAGGAGGAGAUUUACAUCGAUUUGGACCAUCCAGAGGUAAUUCGUUCCAUUUUGGAGAAUUCCAAAUAUGACCUAAGCGCUUUUAAAGAUAUAUUAAAUAUGACAGACGAAAAUGGCACUACUUUGUUUAGCACGUGUGUACAUAAUGGGAAUCCCCUUGGGAAAAAUAUUUUCGACUACUUCAGAGCCUCAUCGUAA